AUUUGUAUUAGAUAACAUAGGAAUCAGGUCGGGUUUCUCGUUACAGUUAUCUGUAAUACUACACUACCGGCAUUGUAAUUAUUGACGUUUCUGUCAAUUUGGAGGUUAUAAUCAACAUUCCCAAAAAUAUUAUUAAAGCAUUUAAAAUGUUAUCUACUAUAACAAUUACCGAUGAAGACUGUAAAAUAAUAUUAAAUAAUUCCGAAUACAAAGAACAUCAAUACUCAGGUAAAGAAUUACUGCCAUUUACUGAAGGUAGAAGCGGUGUUUUAGGCGAACAUUACAAGUUAAAAAUAAAAUUAAAGGAAACACCGGAGGUUGUUAAAUGUUUUGUGAAACGUGUAUCAAAGUUCAAUAAAAAAGAAGAAGGAUUUUAUGGAAAAAUUGUACCAAAACUUUUUGAAUACCAAAUUGAGUCCACUAAAGAAGUUUUACCCAAGUGCUAUUAUAUAAAAAAUUCUGAGUAUAUUGUAUUAGAAGAUCUGAAUAGGUGUGGGUUUUUCUCUAUAAAUACAAAAUCUUUGUUAAAUGUAACCCAAGUUGAUCAUUUAUUAUCAUCUUUAGCAAAAUAUCAUGCAGCAAGUAUUACUUAUGAGAUUAAAAAAGGAAAGGAAUUAGAUAAAGAUUUUCAAUUAUGUGAAGAAUUUCCUGAUGAGCUUAAAGAAGUUUAUUAUCGUAAUUUUCCUGAUGGAAAAGAUGUUCUUUUAUCUAUAAAAAAUACGAUUGCAUCACAAAUUAAUUUAUUUGAAGACAUAGUAUGCAAAAGUACACCAAAAGAUAAAUUAAUUACUAGUUUAGAACAACUAUGGGAUUCAAUCAAGGAUUAUGCUAAACCAUCACAGCAAUACAAAAAUGUGAUGUGUCAUGGAGAUUUAUGGCAGUCAAAUUUAAUGUAUUCAACUUCAAAAUCACAAUUUGCUAUAAUCGAUCAACAAAUGAUAAGAUAUUGCCCACCAGCUUUAGAUGUGAUGGGCUUUAUUUAUCUUACUACAGAUAAGGAAUUAAGAAAUAAUCAUCUUAAUACUUUACUAAAAAAAUAUUAUUGUUAUUUGAGGAAUGAACUCCAAAAAUAUCAAAUAUAUUUGGAUGUUUUAAUACCAGAAGAGGAGUUUUUAAAAUCUUGUGAACAUUAUAAAUUAUUUGCAAUUAUGCAAGCAUUUAGUUAUGCCCAAAUUACUUAUAUACCAUGUCAAUUAUUUGAAAAAAUAAUGGGUGGUGAUGAUGGAAAAACGAAAUUUUUAUUCGAAAGUAGAGCUUCUGUUGUUAAAAAUUUGUGUGAAGAAGAACCUGAGUAUAAAAAGAGACAACUUGAUGUGUUGAUUGAUUUUGUUGAAUAUGCUGAGAAAAAUAUUUAAAUUCUAAUACUAUUUCAUUUUUAAGAUUUUUUCUAUUAUAAUCAUGUUAUAUU